AUGUCGGACGGUUUCGAUCGGGCCCCAGGUGCAGGUCGGGGCCGCGGCCGGGGCCUGGGCCGCGGAGGGGGCGGGCCCGAGGGCGGCGGUUCCGCGAACGGAGCGGGGCCGGACGAGCGGCCGCAGCCCCCGGCGCCGGGCCUCCCGCAGCAGCAGCCGCCGCUGCGCCAGCCGCGGACCGCGCCGCCGCCGGGGCCCCGGAGCGAGCCCCCCGCCGGGCCCGCGCGGCCGCCCGCAGAGCAAACGAGACCCCAGGACAACACCCCCCAGCUGAACUCGGAGCCCGCGAUGGCCAAGCCCCAGGUGGUGGUCGCCCCAGUGUUAAUGUCCAAGCUGUCCGCGAACGCCCCCGAAUUCUACCCUUCGGGUUAUUCCAACUUCACAGAACCCUAUGAGGAUGGCGUUGAGGAUUAUCCCACUCUAUCUGAGUAUGUUCAGGAUUUCUUGAAUCAUCUUACAGAGCAGCCUGGCAGUUUUGAAACUGAAAUUGAUCAGUUUGCCGAGACACUGAAUGGUUGGGUUACCACAGACGAUGCUUUGCAAGAACUUGUGGAACUCGUCUAUCAGCAGGCCACGUCCAUUCCAAAUUUCUCCUACAUGGGAGCUCGCCUGUGUAAUUACCUGUCCCAUCACCUGACAAUUAGCUCACAGAGUGGCAACUUCCGCCAAUUGCUACUUCAAAGAUGUCGGACUGAAUAUGAACUUCGAGAUCAAGCUGCAAAGGGGGAUGAAGCAGCUCGAAAACGAUUCCAUGCGUUUGUGCUCUUCCUGGGAGAACUUUAUCUUAAGUUGGAGAUCAAAGGAACAAAUGGACAGGUUACAAGAGCAGAUAUUCUUCAGGCUGGUCUUCGGGAGUUGCUGAAUGCCCUCUUUGCUAACCCUGUAGAUGAUAAUCUAAUUUGUGCAGUAAAAUUAUUAAAGUUGACAGGGUCAGUGCUGGAAGAUGCCUGGAAGGAAAAGGGAAAGACGGACAUGGAAGAAGUUAUCCAGAGGAUUGAAAAUGUCGUCCUGGAUGCGCACUGCAGCAGGGACGUGAAGCAGAUGCUCUUGAAGCUUGUGGAGCUCCGGUCAAGUAACUGGGGUCGAGUCCACGUGACCUCGACAUACAGAGAAGCAACACCCGAAAACGACCCCAACUAUUUCAUGAAUGAACCAACAUUUUAUACAUCUGAUGGUGUUCCUUUUACUGCAGCUGAUCCAGAUUACCAAGAGAAAUAUCAAGAGUUACUUGAAAGAGAAGACCUUUUUGCAGAUUAUGAAGAAAAUGGAACAGAUUUAUCAGGCGCUGGUGAUCCGUACUUGGAUGAUCUUGAUGAUGAGAUGGACCCAGAGAUAGAAGAAGCUUAUGAAAAGUUUUGUUUGGAAUCAGAGCGUAAGCAAAAACAGUAA